AUCGGCUCAAAUUACCUCUUCUCGUUCGUGCCUCGUUCUUCGAGUCACGUCAUACAAAAGUUCUAAAGGAAAAUUCCGCAUAAAAUGGCACUCACUUUCGGUAUGUGUGAAACUCCGGGCUGUAAAACUAUGGCCAGCCUUCAGUGUCCAACUUGUUUGAAAAUAGGGAUACAGGGCUCAUAUUUUUGCACUCAGGAUUGUUUUAAACGAAGCUGGAAAACUCAUAAAGUUAUUCAUCAAUUAGCAAAAGGGACAGGUGGAGAUAAAACUUCCAACGAAUAUAAUCCAUGGCCAUUCUACAACUAUACUGGUAAAUUACGUCCUUACAAAAGGGAACCUCGCAGAGAGGUACCUGAACAGAUCAAACGGCCAGAUUAUGCUACACACCCUUCAGGGGUAUCUGUAAGUGAGCAGGCUGUAAGAGGUUCUGCUCAAAUAAAAGUCCUUGAUGAUGAAGAAAUUGAGGGCAUGCGAGUAGCUUGUAAGCUUGGACGGGAAGUGUUAGACGAAGCUGCACGUACCUGCGACGUAGGGGUCACAACAGCUGAGAUUGAUAAAGCAGUUCAUGAGGCUUGUAUAGAGAGAGACUGUUAUCCGUCUCCAUUGAACUAUUAUCAGUUUCCAGCCAGCUGCUGUACUUCUGUAAAUGAAGUGAUUUGUCAUGGAAUCCCUGAUACUAGACCACUUCAAGAUGGAGAUAUUUGCAAUGUCGAUGUAACGGUAUAUCAUAAUGGCUUUCACGGUGACUUAAAUGAAACAUUUCUAGUCGGUAAUGUAAAACCCGAAGUAAGAAAAUUAGUCGAAGUUACAUACGAGUGCUUAUCGAAAGCUAUAGAUAUUGUACGACCUGGAGAGAAGUAUAGAGAAAUCGGAAGUGUAAUUCAGAAACACGCGCAAGCACAUGGAUUCAGUGUAGUACGCAGUUAUUGCGGUCACGGAAUUCAUCGUUUAUUUCACACUGCGCCCAGUGUUCCUCAUUACGCCAAAAAUAAGGCUGUUGGUGUUAUGAAACCAGGGCAUUGCUUUACUAUAGAACCAAUGAUAUCACAAGGUACGUGGAGAGAUGAAAUGUGGCCAGAUACUUGGACGGCGGUUACUGCGGAUGGUCAGUGGUCUGCACAAUUCGAGCAUACGUUGUUGGUUACCGAAACUGGUUGUGAUAUUCUUACAAAACGGUUAACAAACGAUGGUAAACCGUGGUUCAUGGAUAGAUCAUAGUAGUAUUUCUCUGGGUAUUAUUGUCAGAUUCACGAUAUCAUUUCAAAUUUUGUGGAUAUGUAAGCAUUAUACUGCUUAAUACCUCCAUUUACUUUCGUGCGAGAUUUGUUUUUUCAAGAUUGAACUUUCCUUCUUUGGCGAGUACUAUAAUAAUACCUAUAACUCCAAUUCUCUUCUGUAAGAUACUUUUUACUAUACAGCUACUAUAACAACUAAUUUUGUAAAAGAUAAAACAAAGAAAGAAUGAACAAGGUGAAAAUGAUCUUUGAAAAAUAUAAUCUUGUUAGAUUUUUGUUUGUACCCGGCUCCUGUAUCAUAUAGAUAGAUUACUUGGAUAAUACAUAUGUACAUACAUAUAUAUAAAUGUAAUUCAAAUUGGUGAUGCGUACUGAUUGAAAUAAAAAAUGAAUUCUAUGAAUUGAUGGCAAUAUCA